GUCUCGCUGGAGUGAAACCUUGCAGAUCACAGCGCGAGAGUGGACAAGUGGAGACAAUUGGCUGAAACACGGAUUCGGUAGUAAGACUAACAUCUGUAUAGUACUAAGGACACAACUUAAACGUUUCACAUGGGGAGCUAAAGAACAAAAUGACGUGUAUGCGUUACACUAUGUUACUGUUCUCAGUUUUGGAGUUGUUGUUGUUGUUAGGACACAAAGCUGGUUUGUCGCGCGCUUUACGUCUCGCGAGCGAUGAGAACGCGUCUCCAGGCACGAGAGUCCCGCGUGCUGUGCUGGCUGAGACAUUGGAGGCUACUACCACCAUCCCAAACCACUUACAGGAGGACGACAGGGACUCCAGAUUUUCACCUUUCACCCCCAAAAUGACCAUCACACCCAGGACCACUGGUAAAACUAACCAACUACAGCCCUUUUGGCAAACCACCACGGCUGCGCCUCUGACCAAAACAAUGGACCCAACCUCCAAACGCAGUAAAGCCAAAGAAAACUCCACAUUCUCCACAACACAAAACUAUACAGAAAAACCUACUUCUUCCUCUCCAUUAAGUGGCACAAAAAACACAACACCGCCUGCACUGGAUACUGCAAACACUUCAUGGACCGUGAAAAGCACCUCAAAGCCUCUUGUGACCACUGAGAGAGGCCAUCAGUGCAACUGUAGUGCUGAGGGGUCAGAGGACAAAGAUACCUGCAACUCUGCCACAGGUCAGUGUGUCUGUCUAACUGGAUACACGGGUCAGCAUUGUGAACAAUGUGCCGAUGCGUAUUUCACCAACGGGACCGGUGGCUGCCAGGCCUGUAACUGUGACUCCUAUGGAGCUGUGAAUCGACUCUGCAAUAGUUCAGGCAUGUGCAUCUGCAAGAUUGGAGUGCACGGGGACAAGUGUGAUGACUGCCGCCCAGGCUUCUCGAACUUCAGCAGCACAGGGUGCCAACCUUGCCAAUGCAAUAAUCAUAGCAGCUACUGCCACCCACAGUCAGGCAACUGCACGAACUGCCAAGGCAACACCGAAGGACCCAGCUGUGAGAAGUGCAGGUAUAAUUUCUACCGAAGUCCCAGUUCUCCCGUAACAGAGUCCUGUGUACCCUGCCCCUGCUCCAGUGUCACCUCCACAGGCAGCUGUAAGCUCGACUCAAGCGGCCAGCCUUUCUGUGUCAAGUGCAAGCCAGAGUACAGGGGUCCCAACUGUGAGCAGUGUAGUGAUGGCUUCUACAAUGCCGACAGCAUCUGCCUUCCCUGUAACUGCAGUGGGAACGCAGACCCCCACAAAUCUCCCCGGAUCUGUCUCCCGGACACGGGCCACUGCCUGAGCUGCAUCAACAACACUACAGGGCCACACUGUGAGCACUGUGCGGAGGGCUUUACAGGGGACGCACUCGCCAGGAACUGCACUCCUACAGUCGUCCACACUACUCCUUCAACCACUACCCACUGGUUUCACUACACCACCAUGAACUCCAGCCCCAAUGCUACAGCACAGUUCACCACCUUCUCCACAACUUUGCUGAGCAGCCUGGGCAGCUCCACCCUCAACAACACCGCCACCACCACUACAGUGACUCCGGUCCCGUGGAACCAGUUCAACAUCAUUAUCCUGGCAGCCAUCAUCAUAGUUGUCAUUGCUCUCUUGGCAGUGGUAGGUGGCGUGUACACUUACAGAAAAUAUCAGAACCGCAAGCUGAAUGCCCCAUUCUGGACCAUUGAGCUGAAGGAGGACAACAUUAGCUUCACCAGCUAUCAUGACUGCAUUCCGAACGCAGAUGUAUCAGGGCUUUUAGAAGAUGAAGUUAGUGACAUGGAAAAUGGACAACUUGCUUUAACCGGUCCUGGUAGUUUGUAUAAGGUGUAACUGAUGUUCCGUCACAGAAACUGGGCUGCUACAUCGACACUGGGCAGAUUGUGGACCUGUGGAUAUAUUGAGCCCAUUUUAUGCUAAUGAACAAAGGAAUAUUGACAUGGCUCAUUGGACAUAAUGCAAACACUUGCACAAGCACUCCAGAGCAAGAAGACAAAUUAAUGAAUGAGGAACAUGAGCAGUGCAUCGAACUGAAAAGCCAAGUUAAACAUCCUGCCUUGUUGAAGGCCUUGGCCAACUCACAGCUGAAACAUGUCUUGCUUUGAAGGAGGAGAAGAGAUGCAGAGACUAAUCACUAAUGUGGGACAGACAAUGAAGCAUGUCUGAUUGAGUGUUAAUACAGUGACUGAUGUGUCAUCACACACGGAUAGAUCAGUCAAAUGCAUCUAACAUUAUUUGUAUAAUUGCCAUUACACACUUUUCUUUUGUUAAUGCUGUUUUAAAUGGACAGAGAGGACAUCAUUUUUUUUAUCAAACUCAGGAUGAAUAUAAUUUUGUUGUUUUCUUUGUAUGUUCACACCGUUUUAGUGUCGCUUCUUACAUGCUAUUACAUGUGCAGGACUUUAGAGGGCACCGUAACACUGACCUGGCAUACAGAGCAGGCCUGUGUAUCAUGCAGUGGAAAUAUCUAAUACUCAAUGGCAGAUGCUGAAUGACUUCUGUAUUAAAUUGCAUUUAUUUUUGGCAGACACUUUCUUGCCAAAUCAAAUUGCAAGAAGGAAUGAUUUGUUUUUAUCGGGCCAAAGAGGAUCUGUGUGUCAGUCUCAGAUGGACAGAGCCUAAUUCUUGUCACAAUUUUACAACGGUAAAGUGGAUUUUCAAGACCAUUUCAUGGUGUAUGGAAUUAUACUCAUUUUAUUUAUUUUUUUAGAAAUGUUCUCCUCAAUUCGCUUUACCUUCGUGACUUAUCACCGGCCAUCGGUUCAAUGGUACUUGGACUUGGACUUGACUUGUCUGACUGGGAGAAUUUAAGUUUUGGUUAAUUUAUUUUAAUGAACCUCUCUCGCUGAUGGCUUUAGGGUCAGUUUAGGGGAACAAAUAUGAUCAGAUGAGCAAUAAUGCCUGUUGGAACUAACAGCCAUAUUGGACAGUAAUUAAUCACUGCCAUUUGUGUAGCACAGGCUAAAACAAGUUGAGCAAAUGGUUAGGUGAUGAAUAAGUGCACAUGUCUGAGUGCAUGGGUGCUGAGUGUGGUAAUCUAAUAUAUUGUCCUUACUGGAGUUGGGUAAAAGAGAAUAAAAUGCAAUGUUAGUCAGUAAAACACAUUUAAUAGGGUGUGUAUGAAUGAGUCUUUUUUUAUAGACUAUGGCAUGAACUUGACAACAAGAGCAAUAGUUCAUCUGUGAUUGUAUCUCCUGGGAAAUCUACUUUUAGCUCCCUCCCCACUUCCUCCAUCCUGAAGCUGUCUUUAUCUGAGGUGUGUUGGUACAAAACAAUGUAAAUAUUAGAUGUACAGAAUGGUUGUGAUGAGGAGGCUGCUGUUGUAUUGGUACAUAUGGGGAUGAGUCUUGUUUCUGGGACCAGCAUAUACUGGUGAGGCUUACGUCGUAAUGGUGUCUUAAUCUCACAUUUUAUGCAUCGUGCAGUAUGCAUUGUGCACCAUAUUCACAACUAACUCUGUAAGAUUUCAAUAAAAGUCACUUUUCCUAUAA